CCCAGCGGCGGCCCGUGGAACGCUCCCGCGAGACGCUCACCUGCGCCCCAGGUGAGCGGCGAGGGGGGCGGGGGAAGCGCUGAGCCGGAGGCGGCUCACCUGGCGGGACAGGUGCCUGGCUGCAGGAAACCAUGCAGUGAGCCAUGCCCCGGCCAGGACAGACGCGCCCAUCAUCUGGGCCACCACGCUUGGGACCCUGGGAGCAGCCAACAGAGCUAUGCUUGGAGGCGUAUAAUGAGACACCCCAGCCCCCACCAGGCCGCCGCACACGCAGGCCAGACCCCAAGGACCCCGGCCACCACGGACCAGAGAGCAUUACCUUCAUCUCCGGCUCCGCAGAGCCGGCCACCGAGCCCCCAGCCUGCUGCCUGCUCUGGCGCCCCUGGGGGUGGGACUGGUGCCGGGCUGCUUUCUGCUUCCGCCGCUGCCGGGAUUGCCUCCAGCGCUGCGGGGCCUGUGUGCGCGGCUGCAGCCCCUGCUUGCCUGCUGGGGACUCCACGGAGGAGGCUGCCGAAGCCAGCUGGGCCAAGGAGCACAAUGGCGUGCCCCCCAGCCCCGACCGCGCACCCCCCAGCCGCCGGGACGGCCAGCGGCUCAAGUCUGCCGUGGGCAGCAGCUUCAGCUACCCUGACGUCAAGCUCAAAGGCGUCCCUGUGUACCCCUACCGCACCACCUGCCCGGCCCCCGACGCGGACUCCUGCUGCAAGGAGCCGCUGGCCCAGCCCCCUCCCACGCGGCACAGCCUGCCGAGCACCCUGGCCAGCAGUCCCCGAGGCUCGGAGGAGUACUACUCGUUCCACGAGUCGGACCUGGACCUGCCCGAGAUGGGCAGCGGCUCCAUGUCGAGCCGGGAGAUCGACGUGCUCAUUUUCAAGAAGCUGACCGAGCUGUUCAGCGUACACCAGAUCGACGAGCUGGCCAAGUGCACGUCGGACACAGUGUUCCUGGAGAAGACCAGUAAGAUCUCGGACCUGAUCAGCAGCAUCACGCAGGACUACCACCUGGACGAGCAGGACGCCGAGGGCCGCCUGGUGCGCGGCAUCAUUCGCAUUAGCACCCGAAAGAGCCGCGCACGCCCGCAGACCUCAGAGGGGCGCUCCGCCCGGACUGCCGCCCCCGCGACUGCCGCCCCCGACAGUGGCCAUGAGACUAUGGUGGGCUCAGGUCUCAGCCAGGAUGAACUGACAGUGCAGAUCUCCCAGGAGACGACAGCAGAUGCCAUUGCCCGGAAGCUGAGGCCAUAUGGAGGCCCAGGGUACCCAGCCAGCCAUGACUCGGCCUUCCAGGGCACCGACACAGACUCCUCAGGGGCACCCCUGCUCCAGGUGUACUGCUAAUGCCUGCUGGGUACAGCAGGCACACCCCUCCUGGGAGCAACACAGCCUACAAUAUACAGGCACCAGGACCCCUUUAAGGGAGGCUGGACUAUGAGCCCAGAAGCAGUGCCCACUCUGGCUUCUCCUGCCCUCACUGACUGCUUCCUGGACCACGUGCAUUUCACAGGGCCAAGGUGCCCGCAUCUCCAGCUGGCCUGACCCCUGCCUGGGCCUGUUCCUUCCUGUGGAUUGAUCAUGGAAAACAAGGACUUAGGAGUUACCUUCUGGAACUGAAUCCCACUAAGCAAUCAUCACAAACUUGGAGCAUAAGUAGACUGGGUUAUGGGUGGGCAGGGUCUCUGUAGAACUGUGGGCAGUGCCCACUUCACAUUCUCUGUUGAGCAGUCUGUUCUAGCUCUUGGCUGAUGUUGUACAUGCUACCAACCAUAGUUGCCAGUACAAAGGUAACGGACUCCUAUCUGACCAUCUGAGCUGCAAUGUACUCCUUUUUGCCUUGCCUUGGUUGCCGCCCAGGAGACAGGACACAGGUAUGAGGCUGGGCUGUGUGGUGGAGUUGAAGUUAGGACAUGGGAGCAAUACUGCCUGUGUUCUGAGGUAAAGGGCCAAGAACAAUGUCAGUACCUGAAGAGGGUCUGACAAAUGGCUUUUGACUUCCUAGUUCUAGUGAUGCUUGUCUACACUGUCCCUGCCCCCCCCCCCCCCCCCCCAUCCAGUGCCUGCAGGCUGGCCUUUCAGCCAUCCUGGUCUCCGCAGAUCCCUGGUCAUUUGUCAGUAGCACCCACCCAGCCUAAGCCUGCUGCUCCCCUCCCCCUCUCCCCUGUGCUAAGAGCACAGUGGUUUUCAGUUACCUUGACCUUUCUGGCAACCCUGGAGUGGAAGGGAACCUGGGGCUGAAAAGCCACGAAAUCAGUGGGUCACACAGCUGGUAACUGUGGCACUGGACCUGGAAGCUGACCUCCUUGGGGCAGCAGGAGACUCCUUGCUUGGGCACCAGCAUCCAGCCUAGCCUUCACUGCUCCUCCAAGCAGCCACGUGUUAGAAUCCUUUCUGCAGAGACUGGUGCAGGUCCACCAACCCAUCCCCAACUGAAAAACAAGCUGGAUGUUCAUGGUCUUCCAUCCUUACCCUUUACCUGUAGCCCUUUUUAUUGUGUCCCGCAUGGGCACCCUUUGGAAAGUGACUAGACAAACUGUACUUGUUUGUCCAGUUUCCUACUAGAUACACAGGAUACUCCCCUAGGGCUAUGACCACAGGGCCCAGCUGCAGCUCCUGCAAUCUAACUGAACCCUUUCCUUAGGCCCUGCUGUUCCAUCUAGGUCAAGGCCUCUAAGAACAAAAUAACCAGGCUGGGGGUGUAUCUCAGUGGUAGAACAUUUGUCUGGUUGUCAUGAGGCUCUGCUGGGUUUGAAUUUCCAUACACACAACUACAGAGCACCAGAGUAGGAGAGUGACACCAGUCCCCUGACACCAGCCUCGGCUGUAAGGCACCAUUUUCUAAUAAAUAGCCUUGUGAACUACCACUUGCAUUUCCCAAAAACAGGAUAUAUCAAAUUUGGGAAAGAGACAAAGAUAGGUGCUGCAGUAAAGUCUAUGGCGCCUGCAUGACCUUUACCCUCUGGCAGAAGCAGGGCAGGGCCAGCUCAAGGUCCUGGGGCUACACAGAGGCAACAUGUCCUCAGCUCUGGUGUUGCUGAGGAGCUGGAUCUGAGGCCUAAAAACUGCAGAGGUCCAGGUCAGAGAUACAAAGGGUGGGGCCUCACUGGACUCUACCCUGUCCUCCAGGGCAGGUCCCUGAACCACACAGAGCAGAUCUGACACAUGGGUGGUCCCAUCAUCUUCCUCACCAGAGCUAGGCAGGGUCGCCCAGGCCUUGUUGCUCUUUUGCCCUGGGAAAGAGCCCAUAGUUUGAAAACACUUGAUUCAGAGCUGGGGGUAGUAGGAGUUCUAGAGAUGAAAAUAAAAUCAAUGAAGU